UCAACUAUAGUUUUAUUUCUCCUUUCUCUCUCUAGAAAAAUGGCAGUAGAAUUGAUGCCGGGCUACAAUUUCUCAGCCAAAACGGAAGCGAAUGCCGCCCAAGAAGCCGCCGCCGCCGGUCUCCAGAGCGUCGAGAAGCUAAUCAGACUCCUCUCCCACUCCCACCAGCAAAGCCCCUCCGCCGAGUACCGCGCCGCCGCCGACGUCGCCGUCGACAAAUUCAAGAAAUUCAUCUCCCUCCUCGACCGGACCCGGACCGGCCACGCCCGCUUCCGCCGCGGCCCGAUUCCAAAAACCGAACCGGUGACCGAGGAGAAAGAACCGGGUUCGAAGAUUUACCACCCGACGCCGAUCCAGCGGCUGCCGCCGCUGCCGCACCUCCACCACCACCACCACCAGCUGAUCCGGAACGGAUCGGUCGAGAGGAAGGAGUCGUCGACGACGAUCAAUUUCUCGUCGCCGGCGAACUCGUUCCUCUCGUCGGUGACCGGCGACAGCGAGUCGGGGUUCCAGAUCACGAACCUCUCCCAGGUGUCGUCGGCCGGGCGGCCGAUGGCGUCGACCUCGUCGUUCAAGCGGAAGUGCAGCUCCAUGGACGACUCCAGCGCCAAAUGCGGCGGCGCGUCGUCGGGCAGCCGCUGCCACUGCCCGAAGAAAAGAAAAUCAAGGUUGAAAAAGGUCGUGAGAGUUGCAGCUAUAAGCAUGAAGAUGGCCGAUAUUCCACCUGAUGAUUACUCUUGGAGAAAAUACGGUCAAAAGCCCAUCAAAGGCUCUCCUCACCCUAGGGGAUAUUACAAGUGUAGCAGUUUAAAAGGGUGCCCGGCCCGAAAGCACGUGGAGCGGGCCUUGGACGACCCGACAAUGCUAAUAGUAACGUAUGAAGGAGAUCACAAUCACGCCCAUUCCAAUGCGGAGGCGCCCGUUCUCGAAUCCUCUUGAUCGACGGUCGAGAUCUCACCGCACGCGCAAGGUGCGAUCUCCGCCGUCCAAAAGGAGAGAGAAUCGAUAUUGGUCAACGAUGGCCGGAAAAAAGACAAGCAUUGGGCCCCAUUUUGGUUUUAUUUACUACUGCCACUCUCUCUCUUUGCUUUUUUUUAGUGAGGAGAGGAAAUUGUGGACUUUGGUGGGUGAUUAAAUUUAAUCAUGGAUGGAUAUUUUGGUCAAAAUAUACGUUGUUUGUUAAUUA